CCGAAGUUAAGAUCAACUCUCUCUCUCGGACGUGGAUAUUUUGGUUUGGUGCAAUGCUCGGAGCCGGAGCUCAAUUCCACGUGACGGAUCGCUCAGCUGCCAUCCGUCCGGACCCAAAAACUUCGUCUUCUUCUUCCUCUUCGCGCCACUUGGUCUUCACGGUUCGAUUAGGGUUCAUCAGACCAUCAAAACGGUGUCGUGCGCUCAAAUCUCUCCGCAUUACCUGCAACAGCUCUUCCUCUCGCUCUAGAUCCAGCAAUGCCGACGAUCAUCACGAUUUCGACCACAUCCAAGCUUCCCUCCUCCUCUCAGAAACUAUAUCGCACUACCGUAUGCAGAGGCGAGGGUUUCAAGAAGAAUCGAAAUGGCAGUUAUCUGGUAAAUUGCGUCCCUUUUCGGUCCACGCCAGCCGACAACAAAACAUUCUUGAUACAUUAGGCCGAAACUUUGUCCAGCGUUUCCAAACUCCCACGAUUUUUCUUAAGAUUUCUUGUGAUGGAGACUUUUUGCUGCCAAUUGUUGUAGGCGAAUUUGCAAUAGAAAAUCUCAUAGAUGCCCAGUGGGGAGAUGAGAAUGGGGACUCCCCAGAUCAUUUCCAGUUCUUAAGAAACCUUGUUGACAAACUCGGCUAUCAAGUGAAUAUGGUGAGAAUCACGGAAAGAGUGCGGAAUACUUACUUUGCCAGAUUGUACUUUAGCAAGCCAGGGGAAAAUGGCUUUCUUAGUGUGGAUGUACGCCCGUCAGAUGCCAUAAAUUUCGCACAUAGAUGCAAGGCACCCAUAUAUAUAAACAAACAGAUUGUCUUAACAGAUGCAGUGAGGAUCAGUUAUGGAAUGGGCAGAGUGCGCGAUACAAAGUCUUGUUAUGACGUAUCUCUUGACAGUGCUAUAGAGGGCCCAGAUUCUUUAAUUCAAGAACUUGGUUUGGUUAAGAAUAUCAAUUUAGCUAUCAAAGAGGAAAGAUAUAAAGAUGCAGCUAUGUGGAAAGACGAACUAUUCAAGCUUCGCAAGUCAAUUCAAGGGCCUUAAUCACCAUAGAAGGUUGUCCUCUUCUAAUGGUUUCUUAGAAAUAUGCCUUUGAGGCUUUUGGCAUAGCUUUUCAUCGCGAAGAUUCUGGUGCAAGCAACACCUUUACGAGUUACUCAAUGACGAGGGAACUUCCAAAUUAUUGAAUGUACAGCUACCCUAGUAUAUUUUCCCCAAAUUUGUAAAUAUAAAUCGUGUAUUUAGUUGGAUCUUCCAAACCUAAAGACGGUAGGUUUUCCUUGGAGAUAUCCAGAAUUCCAGAGUUUGUAAAUCUUACCAAAAUGUUGUAUGAAAAGAAUGAUCAUAUUGUGUUUGCCCAUAAUCGAAUUGAAAAAAAAAUCUUGUUUCAAAAGA